AAAACACAUAAAACAGGGACUGCGGUCGUGGGACAUCGAUCUGACUCUGUGCGACCUGAACAGAGAGCUACAGCUCUUCGCGACGCGACACUCUGCCCAGUUCUCCUCAGAGGUCAAAGGACAGAGGACCCUGCAGUACAAGAGUGAUGUCCUUGAGACAGUUGUGUUGGUGAACCCGUCAGAGGAAACUACUGCUUCAGAGAUCCGUUCUCUGGUCACUGACUCUGCUGGACACAAGCUACUAGUCCUAAGUGGCCAGAGCUCUGAGCAGGGAGGUGACAUCACACUGCAGGGUGGAGCCUUCACCUGGAGACACUUCUCUGACAUCAUCUCUGAUCCUGGAGUGACUGAGGUCCUGUCCAACUCGGCAUCGGACCAGCGGCCCAGGCUAACAGUAUCGUGCCUGGGAGACGGGGGCUGGAGCUCACUGGGCCACAGCCAGGAGCAGCAGCACCUCCAGAACCUUCUGGAAUACCGCCUAAACCCUGAGCCCACGCUUCCCGACAUGGAGGGAGUCGCGGAGUUCACAGAGUACGUCUCGGAGACGGUGGACGUCCCGUCGCCCUUUGACAACCUGGAACCGCCCACCUCGGGUGGUUUCCUGAAGCUAUCCAAGCCCUGCUGCUACAUCUUCCCUGGAGGGAGGGGUGACUCUGCCCUGUUCGCCGUGAACGGAUUCAACAUCCUGGUGGAUGGAGGGUCCGAACGCAGGUCCUGUUUCUGGAAGCUGGUCAGGCACUUGGACAGGAUAGACUCAGUCCUGCUGACCCACAUUGGGGCGGACAACCUCCCAGGCAUCAACGGGCUGCUCCAGAGGAAGAUCGCUGAGCAGGAGGAGGAACAGUCCCAGGGAUCUGGCGGCUCCAACACAUACGGUGACUGGAUGAAGAACCUGAUCUCGCCUGAGCUCGGUGUGGUGUUCUUCAACGUCCCCGAGAAGCUACGAAUGCCUGAGUCCACGCUAAAGGUCAAACGGAGCAUCGAGGAGGCAUCCCUCACACUGCAGUAUCUCAACAAGCUUGGCAUCAAGUCAGAACCUCUUUACAGGGUCGUUAGCAACACCAUUGAGCCCAUCACGCUUUUCCACAAGCUGGGCGUUGGCAAGCUAGACAUGUACAUUCUGAACCCUGUGAAGGAAAGCAAGGAGAUGCAGUUCCUUAUGCAGAAGUGGGCUGGGAACAGUAAGGCCAAGACUGGGAUUGUGAUGUCCAAUGGCAAAGAAGGAGAAAUAUCUGUCCCUUACUUGACCUCAGUAACGGCUCUUAUCGUAUGGAUCCCGCAUAGUCCAACAGAGAAGAUAGUCAGGGUGCUGUUCCCUGGAAAUGCACCGCAGAACAAAAUCUUGGAGGGGCUUGAAAAGCUGAAGCACCUGGACUUCCUGCGCUACCCAGUAGCCACUCAGAAAGACAUAUCCUCUGGGGCCCCGCCUCCAAUCAUAAAACAAACAAAGAUGAGAUCAAGAACAGAAAGCAAGGAGAGCCUGAAAUCUUCCACCAAAACACAGUUGGCCUCAAAAGCCAGCAAGAAGGAAGCUAAAGGGCAGGAAGAGGAGUCCAAGAAUGACUCGGCUAAAGAGAACAAAAUUGAAAAGAAAGAGGAGAAGAAGGAGAAGAAGGUGAAGAGUGAGAGCGCCAAAGCUACCAAAGCCACCAAACAACAACAAAACAGUGAGGCAGCACCCGAAGCAGCCAAACUGGAGAGAAAGAAGCUGUCCAAGGAGAAAACACUGAGGAAACACUCCAAGGAACGACCAUCUAAGAUGGAGGAGAAAAAGGACAAAGAGAAGAAAGAGAUCAGUAAAGUAAAGAAAGAGGACAACAAACGUAAGAAAGAUGAUACUGCUAAAAAAGAGGAGAAAAAAGAAACAAAAGCAGAGGAGAAAAAGAAGGAUCUGAGUAAGCCAGAGCUGAGGAACAUCACCAAACCAGACCUGAAACCCUUUACCCCUGAAGUCAGGAAAACCCUCCAUAAGGCAAACAAGACACAGGCCAAACCCAAGACGGACAAGACUGACAAAAACAUAACAGCCAAACCGGUCAAAGAGAAAACAGCUGAGAAAAAGUCUGUCCCAAAGAAAGCCCCCCCAAAAUCCGCUGCUGCUUUGGCAGACGGGUCCGUUGUAUCCUCUCCAGAAGACCUCACCAAGGACUUCGAAGCUUUAAAACGAGAUGAGCUCUCGAAGCUAGGGAGUGAACCCAUUCAGAAUGAUGUCAUGUCUGGAUGUCCAGCUUUCACAGACUCCAAACUCCCUGAUGAGGGAAUAACAACUAAAUCCCCAGCCAAUCUUGGAGAGAAGUUUGAGGAUGAGGGUGCUGACAUGGAUGAUGGUGAUGAUGAUGGGGAGGAGUAUAAUAAAGAGAGUGAUGUACUAAAGAAAGGUGCAGAUGUCGGGAAAUGGCAGGACAUUAAAAGAAAUGCUGGCAUGGAUAGGAAAUAUGAGGAUGAAAUGGAGAAAUACGGCGACGACUACUCUACUAAGGGGGACAUGAAUUCGAAGAAGAGUGUCAGCUCAGAAGAGGAGGGGACGUUAUCGAAAAAGCAGAUCUGGAGGAAUUGAGGAUUAUGAGGAUAAAUACAACUCAGAAAAAGAUCAAAAGAAUGGGACACCAAGUCAACCGACUUUAAAUCGUUUUCAACCGCAGUCGCCUCUGGACAAACCACUACCGCUGCCUCUGAGCAAGUGUCCUUCAUCCAAGAUGAGACUAUUCCCGCUUAUUCCGAAACGGAGCAGACCAUCUCCGAUGAGGAGAUCCAUGAAGAACCCGAGGACAGGAUCCCACACCUCCGCUACGACGUUGCUUCCUGCGACAUCACCGUUCCCGACGUUCCAGGAUCCUUUGACUCUGUGUAUGGUGUUAGGGAGAUGAGAGCCUCGACUACGUCUGACGCAUCAGACUUCAAAGCCAAAGGCUUUGUGGGAAGACAUGACCCAGUGUUGGCAGCCUAUCCAAGCAUCAUCACAGCUCCGCUCGCCGAGGAAGAGCACAUCUCCUCAGCCACGUCCAUCACAGAGUACGACAAACUGUCCUCGUUCGCCACUUCCAUGGCGGACGACCAGUCCAUCGCAUCUGUGACCGCCCCGCAGACAGAGACAGAGACAGGGAGGAGCUCUCUUCACCUGGACACGGUCAAUAGCAUCCCCUACCGCACCGAGGCCACCCACGGGAAGGACUACCUCCACUCGGCUGGAACCAUCUCUCCCACCUCAUCCCUGGAGGAGGACAAGAACUUCAGUUCUCCUCCUUCAAAGGAGUACCAGCCUUUUGUUACCGAGAUGGAGGCUGGGAGGAAGACCAAACCCGUCCAUGAGGAGUAUGACGAAGAGGAGGAUGAAGACGAGGACCAGACUCCCAACGUUGAUAUCCCCUUGGGGAAACUCCAAGAGGGCUACGAGCAGGCGACGGCAGCCAUGUUGCUCCAGGACAAGGAUAAAUCCCCCUCCACUGCCUUUGCACCUCCCUCUCCUCCCUCUUUCUCCAGCGGGUUUAAGCCUAGUUCCAUGUUUGAAGGUGAAGAGAGAUGUCUUAGCCCAGGCGACAGCACCGUGAAGCUGGCCUCACCCACCCAGUCGGUCCCCAUCAGCAGUGGCUACUCCCCCACAGAGGAGAAGAAAAACAACAAAAUGGACAACACUGAAACUGAGCUCCAUAAAAUGGGGCUUUCUGGUGACAAGAUCCCCUUUGAAGAAUCAGAUGAGGAUGAUGAUGAUGACUAUUAUGAGAAAAGGGAUCUCAAACCCUGUGUUAAAGCGAAGUAUUUGGAACAGAAGGAGGGUAGGUUCUUGGACGAUGAAUCACCUCAAGAAGAGAAGCUGUCUGAGAGGGACAAAGGACUAGCAGAGGAUGGCAUCAAGUCCAAGUAUCUGCAGAAUAAACCGGGGUUGACAGACGAGACACAGUUCUCUGGUUACAUGGAGCAAACAACCAAACCCCAGAUCAUGCACUCGGACGAACAAGACGAGGUGGAGGAAGAUGAUGAAGAUGAUGUUGUUCAACCAAGUGGAACAGGGUCUAGAGCUUUAUCAAUAGAGCAAAGUAAAUUGGACUCUGAAGAUGACAAAAAGGAUGCAGCAUUAUCCAGAAAAAGAACCAUUGAUAUCUAUGACAACAAAACCAGUUAUCAGAAGGACCAGUCAGAAAAAAUGGGGAAGGACAGUAUGAAUGAGACGGACACACAGAAAAAGGACUCCGCUUUCCCCUCAGACAAGGAGGGUUUCACUAGCUCUCAUGGAAAAGAUGUAUCUUCCUCCUCCUCUUCCUCUUCCCCCUUUCCAUGGCUCCAUGGCUCUGAAUCUAUAGAGAAGAUAAGUAGUGCUGCAGCCAAACCCUCUUCAAUGAGCUACCAUGACAAAGAGGUGGACCUGGAGAUAGACAUGAGGAAGCUAACAGCCAGGGAUGAGGAAGACUACGAUGAUUAUGAUGAUGAAGAUGAUGAAGAAGAGGAUGAGGACGAUGAAGAGGAGGAUGCUAUUGACUCAGACAUGGAGAAAGGUGCCAAAGAGAAAUCGGAAAAGGAAGUCAAAAGUCCAUUCAUCGAUGGUGUGAGCUCAAAACAGCCCCAGUUUAUGGUUUCCAUGGCUGGCUACGGUUACAACAGCCAGACAAAGCCGACUUCACCAAACAGCAUGAGCACAGAAGAGCCAGAGUUUAUGGUUUCCAUGGCUGGCUAUGGUUACAACAGUCAGGCAAAACCGACUUCACCAGACUGUGUGAGCUCAAAAGAGACAGAUUUCACAUACUCCAAACUCCCUGAUGAGGGGAUAACAACUAAAUCCCCAGCCAAACUUGGAGAGACGUUUGAGGACGAGGGUGCCGACAUGGAUGAUGAUGAUGACGAUGAUGAUGAUGACGAUGAUGAGGAGGAGUACAACAAAGAGAGGGAUGUACUAAAGAAAUGUGCAGAUGCCAAACUUGGAGAGACGUUUGAGGACGAGGGUGCCGACAUGGAUGAUGAUGAUGACGAUGAUGAUGAUGACGAUGAUGAGGAGGAGUACAACAAAGAGAGGGAUGUACUAAAGAAAUGUGCAGAUGGUUACAAUAGUCAGGCAAAGCCGACUUCACCAGACCACUUGAGCUCUAAAGAGCCAGAGUUUAUGGUUUCCAUGGCCGGCUAUGGUUACAACAGCCAGGCAAAGCUGACUUCACCAGACGGCAUGAGCUCAAAAGAGACAGAUUUCACAGACUCCAAACUCCCUGAUGAGGGGAUAACAACUAAAUCCCCAGCCAAACUUGGAGAGAAGUCUGAGGACGAGGGUGCCGACAUGGAUGAUGAUGACGAUGAUGACGAUGAUGAGGAGUACAACAAAGAGCGGGACACACACAGCCAGGCAAAGCCGAUUUCACCAGACGGCAUGAGCUCGAAUGAGCCAGAGUUUAUGGUUUCCAUGGCGGGCUACGGUUACAACAGCCAGGCGAAGCCGACUACGCCACCUUCUUCCACCACCUGCAAAGAUGACAUGGGCGCCACAGCGUUCUCUGGGUACUCCUCUGGGUUUGAUUAUUCUUACGGUGGGGAGAAAGAGACAUUUCAGUCCAGCCAGAUGAAGGACAAAGAGGGAAAAGAUGACUAUUUCCACAGUGAGAGAGCUGACGGUGCUACUCCUCCUCUACGUCCGGUCCGUCACUCUCCACCAGCCGGCAGUUUGGCGAGGAGCUGGAGACCCAGCCAACGCCUCCGACCACAUCUUCAAACACGAUACAGACAGUGCCGGCUUCAGUACUCCUCCUUUAAAGAUGAACACGCCUCCUUUAAAGAUGAACACGGCUCCUUUAAAGAUGAACACGCCUCCUUUAAAGAUGAACACGGCUCCUUUAAAGAUGAACACGGCUCCUUUAAAGAUGAACACGGCUCCUUUAAAGAUGAACACGCCUCCUUUAAAGAUGAACACGGCUCCUUUAAAGAUGAACACGCCUCCUUUAAAGAUGAACACGCCUCCUUUAAAGAUGAACAUGCCUCCUUUAAAGAUGAACACGGCUCCUUUAAAGAUGAACACGGCUCCUUUAAAGAUGAACACGCCUCCUUUAAAGAUGAACACGCCUCCUUUAAAGACAAACACGCUUCCUUUAAAGAUGAACACUCCUCCUUUAAAGACGAACACUCCCUGGCCAUGGACUCCUCCCCCUUUUCCAGUUCCUGCGGGAUGGUUAAGAACGAGUACCUGGAGGUUUCGGAGAAGCAGAUGACGAUGGCCACCACCAACACCGCAGAAUCCACCUCCAGCUGCAGGGGUUAUGGGCCUUUCACCCAGUCACCCAAGGAGAAAGAUGCCAUCACCAUGGGUUUGUUUGGUGUCACCUCGUCCCCACGGCCCGACUCAAAAGGCAAGCAUUACUUUGAAAACUCUGACAGUACUGAGGAAGAGGAUGACGAGGAAGGUUACAUGCGUGAGAUGGGCCUGUCCUUCUCCGAAAAACACGGCAGCAGCACCACCACCUCAGGUAAGAUAGAUGGCGCUGGUCUCCCUGAUGUGCUCACCUCGUACAUACCCUCCUCUCUGCAGCCCACCAAGCCAGACACAGUCAAUGGUCCCAUGGAGGUCAGCAGCAUGAGCUCCCCCAUCAGUGCAGGGCCGGCAGCCAGCUGCGUGAGCCCAGGUCUGGGUACAGCUGAGGAGAAAAAGGUGAGGGGCUCCUAUGAGUGGAACAUGCAGAAGCCCCAGAUGGACAUGGUUCCUGGCGACUCCCCGCCUCAUUACCGCCACGAGGACGAGUUUGAGGAGGAAUGUGAAAUGGAACCAGAGUGCCCUGCCCGCCCGCUCUCCCUCUCCUCCACUGAUCACACCUUCGGCUCCCCCUUCUACACGGAGGCGUCGUGCCGAGGAGAAGCAGGAGGAAGAGAUGAUGAUGAUGACAGCGACCUGGACCUCCCUCCUGAAAUGGGCGCCUCCUCCUCUAAAGCCUCCCCUGGCUACUCCUCCUCGGAACACAGACCCCGCAAGGGAGACCUCUCGCCCUCCUUCAUCAAUCCCAGUAUGCAACAGCAGUCCAGCGAUGAGGAGGACGAGGAGCGGGGACGCAGGAGCGACCAAUCACAGGAAGGGGACGAACAUGACCUGUCAGUCAAGAAGAGAGCCAACAAACAGCCCCACCACCCCCACUUCCAGGGCGGCUCGGUCCCCCACGCCGGGACGGCUGGGCUAGGGUUAGUCAGAGAAGACACCCCCCCAACCUCCGUCAGCGACUCUAUACCGUCGCAGUCAGAUUCAGACGUUCCCCCAGGGACAAAGGAGUGCCCCUUCAUCACGGGCAACAGCAACAUGGACUCGGACGAGGACACUGAGUACCUGCCUGUGGAUAAGUUCUCCACCAUGGGAGGGGGCCACCAUCACUCCUCUUCCUCCUCCUCCUCCAGGAUUAGCCCUCACCCCGACGUCUGCAUGGUGGACCCCGACGCUCUGGCCAAUGACCAGAACCGGGCAACCUCAGAGUCGCCCCUCAAGAAGGACCCCAAGACGAAAGGCGUGCGGAAGACAGGGAAACCCAAGUCGGCAUCUCCGGCUCGCCGCAAGCGGUCCCCCAUGCCAGUGAAGCAGUUGCCAUCCCCUCGCAGCGCCUCGCUGAAGAAGAAGGAGACAGAGAAGAGCUUGAGGAUGUCCCAUCUGUCAGACGGACAGGGUUCCAGAGACGAUGACCUCUCCAGGUCCAGCUACAACGCCGGCAGGGUGGCCAACGGAGUUAAGAGCACCUCUGGCUCUCAGAGGUCCAGCUCCGUGGUUCCCCAAGGCCCUCCUAUCUAUGUAGACUUGGCCUACAUCCCCAACCACUGCAGUUCUAAGAACGUGGACCAGGAGUUCUUCAAACGCGUCCGCUCUGCAUACUACGUGGUGAGCGGGAACGAUGUGGGAAAUGACGAGCCCAGCCGAGUGGUCCUGGAUGCUCUACUGGAGGGCAAAGCCCAGUGGGGAUCCAACCUACAGGUGACGUUGAUUCCCACCCAUGACACAGAUGUGACUCGGGAGUGGUACCAGCAAACCCAUGAACGGCAGCAGGAGCUAAACAUCAUGGUCCUGGCCUCCAGCAGCACCGUGGUCAUGCAGGAUGAGUCUUUCCCCGCCUGCAAGAUUGAAUUUUAAGCCCCACCCCCCUCUCUUCCCCUCUGUAAUGGGACAACACACAGCUCCCCUGGUUCAGUCUGUCUGUUUAAAUAUUUUGGAUCUGCCUUUUCUAGGGAUUUAUUUCUUACAGUAUAUCAUAACAGUACAUCUCAAAUUACACCCUAUUGGUCUUAUAGCUACCAUCUCUGGUCUAAAGUAGUGCACUGGACUGUAUGUGGAGUAGGGUGUCAUUUUAGACACAGAGAUAUUCAACAACCACACGUUUGAUUAUGGUUAGUGUCAUUGUUUGUAUUAUAAAGGUGCUCUUCAGACUAUAACGCUCCUCUACUAUAAUUAUAAGGUUUAUUCAAGGAAACAAGUAUGGUUGUGCAUACGGUAGAAAUCCAGGCAAAAUGUCCAGGCAAUGGUUACUGUUUCCUUCAAGGUAAGACAGAUUUUCUUCUAAUAGGCAUAACUCAUGCACAAGUAUGCCCUAUUAUAAUGUUAGAGUCAUCAUCAACAACAGACUUAAUCUUUGUUUAAAGAAGUUACAACACCAAAACGCAUUUUGUACUUUAGUGUUUAUAUGUUUUGUAGAACUGAAUACACCAUGCUAAUGCCAAUGGUACUUUUCUCAUCCACGUGCCACUCAUUGAACUUUGUGCCUAAUAUUGACACAUUGACAUAGAUGAUAUUCUAAGUAGAUUGUCUCUAAGAGUCUUUUAGAUGUCGAAUAAUUAUGUUUGUAGUAGAAUAGGGUGGAAAAAACAAAUCGAGUCAUACUCAAAGGUGUUGUGUUUGCCAUUCAGUUUUCAUGUCAUUUCUGCCAUUCAGUUUUCAUGUCAUUUCUGCCAUUCAGUUUGUCAUUUCUGCCAUUCAGUUUUCAUGUCAUUUCUGCCAUUCAGUUUUCAUGUCAUUUCUGCCAUUCAGUUUUCAUGUCAUUUCUGCCAUUCAGUUUUCAUGUCAUUUCUGCCAUUCAGUUUUCAUGUCAUUUCUGCAAGGUGAAAUUCACUUUUAAUGGAUUUCUCAAGCGCCAUACUGCGUACAGUAAAUCAUAACUAUCAGUGUUGUCUGGUUGUAAAGUGAAGUCUUUUGAGAAUGUUCCCAGCCAGAACACAUCCAGAUGUGUCGAACAGGGCUGGUGUAUAUUGUACAAUAUACAACAUGCACAGUAGAUUACCCUUGCAUUUAUUUUCCAAGCUUGCAUCCACAAACAUAUCGUGGACCCAGCCAACAUUUGCUAUUGUAUGAAAGGAAAGGAGAAUACUCUCAUUGCAAAAUUUUCAUGACUGUAUGUCAGGUUGCAAUGUUGCUAUAUUCAAUGUACUACUUCCUCGUCAUAGCAUUUAUACACAUGUAUAACAUACUGUAAGCAUUCCACAUUGGCUUGGAAUAGUGUGGCUUAUUAAAUGACAAAUAGCUUAA